CGAAGAACCCAAAACCCCUCGCCGCUCUCCUCUCCGAAUCCGAAGCGCGAGAAGCUCCAGAACACUCCAGAACUGCCCAACGACAGGACCAAAUGUGCGACUACACUGCGAUGCAACGGAAGACACCUUGGAAAAGGUGGCGAAUCCUUUGAGAACACGCGCGUAAUUUAAUAGCUUCGUUGACCUUUUGUUUUUCAAGCUUUAUAAGGCGACUUUUAUUCCGCCACAAAUACCUGUCUGUUUAAAACAGAGAACGACUGCGUCACGUAACGGUGGAUUCAUUUAUCGGUUGUUUUCAGUUGUUUUACUUGUAGCUGGAUGAGCACCCGAUGAUGUAGCCUAGCAGUACAGUACUGCACACCAUAUCUUUGACGAAGCGCAGCCUAUAUCCUGCGACCGAUGGAUAAUAACUCGUCUGAAGAUACAUUUUGCUGAAGCAGGAGCAGCCUCUCACACUGAGAGCACACGCAACUCCGGUUCACCUUAAUUCAGGAGCGACAGCUAGCUAGAGCGCUAUUGAUGUCACGUAAGAAACUGCUUUCACCGUCUCCGUUUUUAUCAAACUACGAUUCGAUGUGGAAGGACGUCGCGCAUCCCGCUGAAAACGGAUUUCCAUUCUCUUGCCGGGGGAGUGGAUACUUCCAUCUUAUUCGCCCUUAUUAGGAGCAGAAGACAAAUAACGGAGGGACGUCGGACUGUACCACAGAAUGGCAUUUGGAAUGUAUCAUGUUUAUUAUUGGCCAGUUAUCUGAGGAGCUGCAGAGAAGCAAAAAGAAAUGGCAGAGAUGUUUGUUUUCGUUUUCUUCAUGCACUUGCGUAAUCGUGUCUUUACAUGGGAAAUCGUCAUUAAUUAGAUAACGUGUACCUCGGCUUCGCAAGGAUGUCGUCCUAGCCUUUUCUCAUCUCAACCCAGUGCUUUGUGAUUUUUAUUUAUCUUUACCAAACCAUAGAAGGGCUUCCUUUCGUCAAUGAGCGCUUUCCUCUUCAGCUGAGGUUGCUGAGGACAAAAACACAUGGAUACGGGGUUAUAACUGGACUUUAAAUGAAACAGCUCUUGGAAUUGUGGAGUUAUUUAGAGUAACUCAGCCUCUGAUUCAUCAUGCCAGGGAUCUCGCCAGCUGUUGUCGCUCGCCGCUCCGUGAGCUUCGGGUAAUCAAAGGAGCGCGGCAGCGACCAUGCCGUUUCCGUGCGGGGCGGAUGGGGACCCCGCGCGGAGGGACGCCUCCCCCCCCCCUCAGGGGGCGCGACGGGGGCGGGCGCUGAGUCUCUGGCUCUGCCUGGCCCUGGUGCUGAUGCCCGGGACCCAGGGCUCCAGCCUCAACUGCCACAAGACCUGCAUCUGCGCCAGCAACAUCGUCAGCUGCUCCAAGAUGAACCUGACGACCGUGCCCACCGCCCUGCCGCUCUACACGGCCGUCCUGGACCUGAGCUUCAACUCCAUCGCCCGGCUGCGCGCCGAGUGGACCACCGUCAAGCUGCUGAAGCUCCACAACCUGCUGCUCAGCCACAACGGCAUGAGCUUCCUGUCCAGCGAGGCCUUCGCCUACGUGGGCCGCCUCCGCUACCUGGACCUGUCCUCCAACCGCCUCCGGCAGCUGGACGAGUUCAUCUUCGAGCCGCUGCGGCAGCUGGAGGUGCUGCUGCUCUACAACAACCACAUCUCCCAGAUGGACCGCACGGCCUUCUCGGGCCUGGUCAGCCUGCAGAAGCUCUACCUGAGCCAGAACCAGGUGUCCCGCUUCCCCCUGGAGCUGGUCAAGGAGAAGAGCCGGCCGGAGAACAUCAGCCUGCUGGACGUCUCCGCCAACCGGAUCAAGGUCCUGCCCUUCCCCGACCUCCAGGCCCUGCCGGCCUGGAUCAAGAACGGGCUCUACUUCCACAGCAACCCGCUGGUGUGCGACUGCGCCCUCUACAGCCUGCUGGCGCACUGGCACGUGCGCAAGCUCAACUCGGCCCUGGACUUCAAGGACGACUACACGUGCGUGCUGCCCGGCGCGCAGAAGCUGACGGUGGGCGUGUUCGAGCUCAACGCCGACUACAUGAACUGCAGCACGUACGCGGAGGCCGACGAGGAGGCCUACCUGGACCAGACGCUGGUGCUCGCCUGCGACACCCGGCACCGGGACAUGCGGAAGAGCUGGGCCGCGCCCGGCAACGUGCCGGUGACGGCACUUAGCAACGGGAGCGCGGUGGUGCUGGCGGACGGCAGCCUGCGGAUCGCGCCGGCGCGGGCGGAGGACUCGGGCGUGUACACCUGCUUCGCCGUGAGCGAGGAGCUGAACGAGACGCUCUACGUGACGGUGAGGGUGCACAACUUCACCCUGGACGGGGGCGGGGACACGCUCAACACCGCCUACACCACCCUGGUGGGCUGCCUGGCCAGCGUGGUGCUGGUGCUCAUCUACCUGUACCUGACGCCCUGCCGCUGCCUCUGCCGCCCGUGCGGCGGCGGGGCCCAGCGGCAGCGCGAGGACAGCAUCCGCUCCUCGGUGCUGAGCGCCACGCCCACCCGCGACGACCCCGCCGCCAGCCGCCACGUGGUCUUCACCGACUCCAAGGAGCUCCAGGGCCAGAACGGCAAGGUCAAACCCAACGCUCAGGACGGGGAGGAGGAGGAGGGGGAGGAGGAGGAGGAGGAGGAAGAGCGGCGGGCGCUGCAGGGCAGGGGGGGGAGGAGGAGGAGGUCGGACGCGGACUCCAUCAGCUCAGUCUUCUCCGACACCCCCAUCGUGGUUUGAGGAGCGGACGUCCCCCCCCUCCCCCCAUGGCCCGUGGACACGCUUCCUCCCUUGGCAGGGUUGGGGGUGGUGGCGGGGGGGGGCAGUAAGGGAACCCGUUUGGUGGAACUUUCUACUGAUGUUCUGGAAAACUCCACACCGUGGAGCGGAUGGUUGGUUGGCGGUGGGUGGGGGGGGGGGGGCGGCCUUUGUGCCCGCCCUUCGCCUUGGCACAAGACAACCCACCGGGACAAAGACGCGAGUAUCAGUUUAAUUUCCCAGCAUUUCGAUGUGUAGCACUUAAAUCUGAAUACUGUGAAAAGGCAGCGGCAGUGGAAUCACGUUGCAAAAACAAAAGAGAAAUCCUAGAAGUGGAGGAGGGAAGGAGCCCCCGACACGGUUCGAGAGGGAGCGGGGGGCGUGCUGAGAACGACAGGGGGCGAGGUCGUGGGUUAAAAGAAUGCUGCCAAAAAGAUAAGUGAAAUGUCCCAUCUGCGGAAGGAGAAAAGCUCCACAGUUAUAAUUAAUUAAGGAGCGCAAGCCUUUCAGAAGCCAUUAAAUAUUUAAUUGGAAUCGCUCGUUCUGAGUCGCCCGUUUUCCCAUAGAAGUUAGCGCCAGCGCAUCCCUGCUCUGGCAGGCCCAGGAUGGCUGGUCCAUGAAUAUUCACUGUCACUGAGUCAUUAUCAAUGUGGCUGCAGGAGGAAUAGCAUCCAACAAACUCAACAAGACAUAAAUUCCCGAGCUGGGGGUGGGGAGGGAGGGUUACCACUAGAGAAAAUGGGACUCGAUUCUUAUUUCUGGGAAGCAGGCAAACAAUGAGAUUAACCUUUCGGAUAACCACUUUAGAAAAGCAGUAAAAAAAAAAGAUAGUAAAUGUGAACGGCUAGCAUACUGCACGCUAACCCUGACAGCGCUCAGGCAUCUCACCUCUAAUACAGGUUCACUGCCCGAGCAGGAGGCUAACGGUGUUAGCUUAGCUCACAGCUCAGACAGGAAGAGAUGGAUAUUGUGUAUUGCUGCAUCAAAAAGGCAAAGCUAAAAUUGGUUUUGGGGCUAAAGGUUUGGGAUCGAAUUAGCAAAUAUGAAAGUACAGCAUUUCACAGCGUUUCUGAACGAAUAAGGAACCAUGAAAUUUCUCUCGAAAAGAGAGCUUUCAGCUGCAACGGUCAAAGCCAUGAUUACCAAACAUAAGCCAGAAAAGACGCUUCUGCACAUGCUCCAUGGUAAAGGCAUACCACGUUCUCGCCUGCACGGAGACAUUGCACCACAGUCGGUCCCUGCUUUCUGUUUGUUUCGCUAGUCCAGUGAGAGGUAGAGAGUCUAUUGUUGUUUGUUGGCCAAAAGCUGCUCCUGGAAACAGUGUUGUCCAAUGAAAACAAUGCACAAUAUGCUACUGUUAUUGGGGGGUGGUUCUGUCAAAGGGCAGAGGUGUUUAAUUACCAAUUAUGAAUUGAGGGCACCUUGAGUGAUUAAAAAUGACUUCGCAUUCUAUUCAUGGUAGGGAACACAAUUCAUUUUUAAUAUAACAAAGCCGCGGUUUUGAUGAGAUGUGCGCUGUGAGACUCUGAGAUUUGCAGUCGUUACUCGGUGCGUUUUCCACAGUGCUUGGUGUCCUCUUAACUCGUAAUCACAAGCUGUCAUUUCUAGCUGCUUCAUGUGCAUUCUUUGACAAUUCGAGGAUUCCUGAGCUCAUGAAGUUGUGUGGUUAUGUAUAGUAAAGGAAAUAAUAACGACACUCGUGUAAUUUCCUGACUUAAUAUUGAAGGUCAAGGUGCCCUGUUCUUACAUCGAAUCUGUCUUGGUUAUAUGAUCUCUGUUAAAUGGUGCAUGUAAGACCUCAUAGACUGUUCCUCAGGCUUUGAUUGCUUAGUCUUUGAAGGUUGGCAUUGACCUGCGGACGUCGGCGUUGGAUAUAUUUCUGUAAGGGAGGCGUUAUUCACAGGGUCAGAAAGUCAUGCCAGGCAGACAGUGAAUGACUGAAUGAAUGUGGCUGCUGGCUUGCUGGAGUAUAUUGCUUUUUGUGUUGGAUGGGGAUACAGAGGACCUGCUGAUGCAGUCAAUGUCUUAGAUAUGCAAGAGAAUAUGUGCUCUACCCUAUCUCACCCUGAUUUUAAUCAUACUACGGACAGGGAAUGCUUCUCACAAUAGGCUCUCUGGCAUUAUGAAUUUGGACUUCUUACAUAAAUCCGGAGUCAGCUCCCGUAACAAGUUUACUAAGGUUUAGUAUACAGCUAUGCCAAAUGCCAUAAGGGUUCAGUCUGCUUUGAAAUUAUGACCAGCCAUUACUGCGGAAUUGCUUUAUAUAUGAUCAUAAAGCCAACUUUUUAUUCUUUGUGCAUAUAUGAAUGUAGGUAUUUCUUCCCUUAUUACGUGUGUCAGAGAGAUAAAUCUUACUGAGAUAUAUUGAUGUGAGAUAUAUUUAAUUAUGGUUAGCAGAAAGGACCGAGGUAGGACCGAGAGAGAAAGUUCUGGGAGAUUGAGGUUUCAUCAGCCCCAUAAUGGGUGGAUUUACGAACUGUCUGUCGCUUGUUUCGACCAAUUAAAAUGUUCUGGCGCCACAGCAGAGCACAGCGAUUGGGUGAAAUCAGCAGGUCACUGAUAGCACAUGGUAGCUUCUCCCAUUUUGUUGUCUUGACGUCUCAUUCUGCCAUAACUACUGUGAACCAACCAGGACAGUUAGUGAUGACUCAUCAGGGCUGGACAUGAGAAGCAACAUAUGCCACUACACUAGGCAGCUGGACUAGUAGCUUGUCAGGGAAAUCUGUGAAAUGUCCAUGUGAUAGAUUUGUACAUUUUAGCCCUGUAGGCGGAGAACGCUUACAUCACAACUCAUACGAAAAGGGCACAGUCUGUGAAUUGUAGUAAUAAUUCUUAAAUGACACCUUUUGCGGUUGUCACUUGAACAAAGGAUUAAAUCUGUAAUGCAAAUUAACUCUGUAUCGUUCCUCAGAUGCUCGCAGCCAAACACCAGUCAUGUUUUUCUGACAGUGUUUACCAACCGCUUGCAUCUCCUGCAGAAAGGGGGGGGGGGGAGCUUACUUUAUAUUAGGCAAAGCCUGCCUGUUAUGAUCAGACUAUAGCUGUGGUAUUAGAGAAUGCUAUUUACAGCCUUUGAUGGAAUGAGGCAAUAGUCUGCCUGCCUCUCACUGUGAAAGUAGAGAUAUUUCAUAUUUGCUGUGUUUUCUUUCCACCAAAUCUACAUGCCCUUUUGUCUCUUUGUGCCGACAGCCUCGAUUGAAAUUGGCCGAGGUAACUUUUAAGCCUGUUCAGUCAAGUUUAUGCACAUAUGUUCUCUUCCUUAGUCAUCGCAGACAGUCCCCGUGGUUACGCGCCCCCUGCCUUUGUGCCGUUUGGUUACGGAUACCCCCCCCCCCCCCCCGGCGGGUUUAUCACACCAUUCAGUUUAGAACGCUGAGCACAGCGCCAGCAGGACGGGACGGGUCACAGGAGCAGCCGAAGCCCCAGACUGUCUGUCAGUAAGCAGGUAGAGGCAUUACACUGCCUCAGGCAAUAGAACGGUUUCACACUGUCGAAAUUUCACUAGGAAAUACAAUACGUGGGUAAGGUCUUCAUUUAUGUUCGGUUGGAACCCUGAACAUGUUCAGCCUCGUAAAUUCUGCUGUUCAUACAUUUUUGUCUACAUAAGGAAAAUAUAUUCAAAAUAUGAGAAAUAUUUUUGAUAUUAUAAAACAGGGGUGUCCAAUCAUAUCCGAAAAGGGUAAAGAAAAGCGUAAGGGUGUGGGUGCAGGUUUAUGUUUUGCAGGUUCUUGAUUGAAGACCUUGAUGGGUUAAAUAGGUGAAUCAGGUUUCAUGGUGCUGGACUAAAACAAAAACCUGCACCCACACCGACCCUUUUCAGAUAAGAUUAAACACCCCUGUUCUAAAACAUACAAGUGGUAUUAAAAAUAUAAAUAAGCAAAAACAAACAAAAAACAUAUGUGCUAUCAUGUUUGUAAUUGUAUUUUUACAUUGCCCAAUGUAUCCUGAAAUUGGCAAUAGCAUCUAUUUUCAAAUAUGUGCAGGGCACAAUUUGUCAUACUUAAAGACAUUCCUUAUACGGGGGAUAUUGUGUUCCAAAACGUAUAAUAUUUUGGUAAAGGUAGCUAAGCACACAGACGCUGUGAGACCGAGUGCAGUCGAACUCUCCUGCAGCUUGUGUUCGCUGACGGGCAAGAGUCUGAAACGCACUACGGAGUUCUGCGGUUCACCGAAGGUUGUGAGGCACAAACACUGAAAUCACAGGCUCUCUUUCUCACCAUUAUGAAUGGACAUACCAUAGGAAUCUUGUCAGUUAUUUAACUAUCUCACUGUCUACCAAACAGAGCUUUGAAGGACCCAAGAAAAGCAAUCAGCGUUCUCCUGUACACAGUGCUAUACUCAGUUUAGUACAAUAUACAUACCAGACAUGUAGUGCAAAACACCUUUGCAGAUGUACUUCAUGUAAGUCUGCUAAUGGCUAGUGCCUGACAGUGAUUAUAAUGUUGUUCUGUUUAGUUUUACCAUCCAUACCCAAAUACUGUAUGGUGAGCCAAUGUUUCAGCUUGGUAGGGUCUGUCUAUAAGGACAUGUGUCUCAGUGAAGUGCUGGAACCUAAUUAUACAGCUCAGGGAGGAAGUCGAAAAAGGCAGCUCUGUUUGCAUCCACAAUAUUAACAACUUGUUUUUAAAAAAACACUACCCCGCCAAAAAAAAGUCACGGGUGCUUUUACUGCGGUUUUUUCUGAAAAGCUUUCUUAAAGCUUCAUUUGGGCCCAGGAAGAAGUGGCUCGGAGAUGUGUUGAUGCAGAAGGACAAAGAACGAGGCCUUCAUCCCAUUAUAUGUGUAAGUGUUCCAAUGCAGAAAGCAUUGCUGACUAGCGUUGUAUUGAAGUAUUGCUUAUCCGUGUGUGUGAUAGAAACAGUACCUUUGUGUUAGCCAUUGCUGUUAACAGUUGACAAACUUUUGUCUGUAUCGAUGAUGCGGAUUCCUGUCUCAGUCUUCGUUGUCAAUGUUAUUAGCCAGAUGUUGACUUCACGGGGCUGGAAGCAUCUUGACUUCUCGGGAAGAACAUGAUAAAACCGGUCUCUCUGUACGACUGGCCUGAACGACCAUCGAAGGCUUCUGCAGUUUUUGUCAGCUGACUGUCCGUCCAUUCCUCUGUCUCUGUGUUCGUUCUCAAAGCGCGUGGGUCCUGGAGACCUGCGUCUGGGAGAACUCUCUCUCUCUCCCUGGACGGCAAAUCUAAACCGGGACGUUGUCGCUCCGGAGGUUCACCACAAAAGCCAUCGACAGCAGCACAGCGGAAGGAAACGCUUCCGGAAGGUCAGGUUUUCCUUGGACGGGACCGAUUGGGAAGAGACUGUGAUGUUGUUCAUGUUCAGACUCUUUUGAGUGUGCUGUCUUUUUCCAGGGUACCCAUGGGGUACCCAUUAGUUCUCUCAAAGAAAUAAAUAAAUUGAAAUUUAUUGGA